GGACAAGUGUAAUACGAUCAGUGUAAAGUGCAUCCAGUUUUUUGUGAAAUUAUAUAUUAUAUAAUAAGUAAAGAUGACAUGCGGGACAGAAUGCCUGUCCAUUGGUCCGCCCCCGGACUCGAUCCUGCACAUGCCGCCGCCGCCGCUGCCCGCAUUCCUGGCCAACGCUGCCAAUCUGACGCCGCCAUGCCGUGCCUCCAAAUGCCCCCCGCUGCCCAACAGUGAGGAUAAUGCACUAUUCCCCGGCGUGGAGUACCAUGAACUACCGAGACAUGUAUUUGUUCCAGAGCCGGCCACUAAUGACGACACGUGGUUCCUGGUGCUCAUCACGUGUUGCGUCGCCGUGCUCUGCAUCGCUGCUCUACUGGCACUGUUCCUGCUCAAAUGUAGAGAAGCCCGCGGCGGGUGCAAGAGCGGCGCGGGGAAGGCGGGCGGCGCGGGCGCGCUGUACGGCGGCGCGGCGCUGGACUCGCGCGUGCUGUGGGCGGCGCUCACGCCGCGCGGCACGCGGCACUUCGUGGCCGACACCUACCCGCACGACGACACCGACGACCACCACUACGAGUGUGUCGAGCCGCCGCUGUACAAGCUCGGGCCGCCCGACGACCUCGCCAUCACCAGGCACUUCAACGUCGAGUACGAGGACCCGGCGCCGCUCAUCGAAACCUACACCGACAGGACUGAAGAAUACUUCCGUAACGGGAUGGAUACUCUGAGGCGGACGAGGCCUCUGGUCUCGUCUCCGACGAGGAUCGAACGCCCGAAUCUGCCUCCCUUGAACUUGCAGCCGAGGACUCUGCGUCGCGCCCCCCACUCCCGUCGCGUUAGUGAUGCGAAUAAUCCCGAAAAAUCGGCCAUCUGAACCGAAACAGGCGCGGUUUUCUCCGUCGCCGACUCAACCGAUAUCGAUUACGAUUGGCAAUCACUCGAGAACUCGAAUGUCGAUCGUCUCGUCUAAACCUCGAACACUUGACGUCUUGAAGUGUCUAGCCGUUUUGUGUCUAACAGUGGAAUUAGUGAUGCUUGAGACGUCAAUUUUUUUCUUAGAACGAAGCUUUGCAAAAAUCUAUGUUCAAGUAACGGGAUUGUCUAUUAAUUUUAUUUUUCUGCAAAAUGAUGCUCAAUAAAUAGAUAGACUAUAGAUUAAAUACUAUCGGAGAUAUCCAUUAGACAGUGUUUUGUACCUACAGUAUAAUAACCUAUUAUCGUCUUGUGCAGCUCUUUGAUACACGAAUAUUAUGCGACAAUAGCAUUAGGCAGUAGUUACCUAAAGAAUUUUAUUUUAUUCCAGUGAGUACCUAUCUUAAAAUCUUUGUAACCUACGAAUUUUUUUACUUUUUGUUUUGAAUCAUAGACAAUCCUUGGCCUUUUGUACCCCAGGUAAAAUGUAUGUAAAUAAUUUUAAAGCUCAAUUAUUUUGAUAGCAAUGUGCAAUGUAAAUGCUAUUAAGCAUGAAUCUAGUCUUUAGUCUUUAAACACUUUUCUAGUCAUUCUUAGCACUAACGUGGUACGGCGUUACCUCUAGAUCGAUGUCUAUUUUACUCAACAAAACUGCAAGAAUAUGCGUUUUUAAAAUAAAUUGAUUUUAUACUUACAAUAAA